UGCUUAUACCCAAAGCCAGACGCUCAAUGUUAAUAUGAGUACGGCAUCUUCUAAUGCAACAUCACCUUCUACCUCCAGUAAACCUUCUACCAACUUGGGUACAAACAUGGUGAGGUCAGCUUCCAACCUGUCCAUCUUUCAAAACAACAAUAGAAAACCAGUAACACGUUCACGGCAGAACACACUUGGCGGACUUGACUUUGGAGACGAACAUGUCCGCAAUAUUGGAUCAGAUUACCAAGAGAUACAGAUUCGUACCUUAACCAAAUGGGUGAAUGCACAGCUAAAGGAAGCAGGCGACCAUAUAGAUAAUAUAAAGACUGAUCUAAAGGAUGGAAAGAGGCUGCUUAAACUGUUAUCGGUCGUAUCAAAAGAACCAGCACCUAAACCCGAAAAGAUGAACAUGCGUAUCCAUCAAUUAGCCAACGUGGCUCAAGCCCUCAGCUUCUUGGAGAAGCAAGUCGGAUCAGAAAAUAUGCCUGAUAUUGGAAACGAAGCGAUUGUCAAUGGUGACUUGAAAAAGACACUGGCUUUGAUUUUUUUCAUCAUGAUGAAGUAUCAAAUACAGCUUAUUUUAAAUGAACAUGGCGAGGAUUUCAUACAGUCCUUAUCUGAGCUGUCCAAAGUUGAAAAUGGCAAAACGAUGCAGUCGACCGAUUUUAUAGAUGCAAGUUCCAACACCAAACCCGCUGCAGGUUCAUUAGCGACAUCCCGUAAAUUUGGAAGCCACAACUCGAUCUCGGAUAAGCUGCACAAUGCAACGACUUCCACUUCACUUGACGCUAAGGUGGCAUUACUUUACUGGGUACGCAUUCAACUAGAAGAUUACCUCACGGUCAACAUUAUACCCCCUAUCCAAGAUUUUUCAAGAUCAUGGCGGAACGGUGUUGCAUUUUGUCUAUUGAUCCACAGACACAAUCCCGCUUAUAUCCCCGACCUCUUCAGUGUCUAUCUAAGCAUGAACCUUGCAGAGAAAUCGACCUGGCUACAGCUGUUGAAACUAGCAUUUAGCUUGGCCACUGACAAGCUAGGGAUACAGGCUUAUCUAGAACCGGAAGACCUAGUCGAUGUUGAAUAUCCUCAUGAGCCUAGUGUUAUGAUGUACGUGAGCGAAUAUUACAAAAUCAUGUCAAAACAUCAGCGCGAGGAAUCAGACAGUGAAAAGAAAGAACGAGCUGCCAAACGAAAGGCGGCGAUCAUUAUGGCAUCAGGCGGUAUUGUUGAUCCUCUUCCAGAAAACGAGAACAAGCCAGACAAGUUACUGCCUCCGCUAAUGGAAGCACCUGUGCCUGUGCCUGUACCUUCUGCACGGCGGAGAAGAAAGAUGCAACAGCGCCAGUCGAGUCUAGCAGAAGAGGAUAAGGCAAGAAUCAAGGCUGACUUGAACAAUAAACUGUUGAUGCAAUUGACGGGACAUUUGCCGAGAGGAGUGCACCCGACAUUAGACGAGCUCUUGACGAUUCACGACACUGUCCUUUCUUUCAUUCGGUCUAAUACCCUUACUAUUGAUGAAAUACCUGUUGAAUUUCAAAGCUCAGCAUCAGUGACUGAGUAUGUAGAAGCAAUUGAGAUUAUAGAAGAGCAGGCCAUGGUCGAAGAAUCUCAUCUAGAAACUGCACGAAUGGCCAAAGAUACACUCACGACUCCACCUGAAAAGGCAGAUGAUACCUUGAUUCACCUGACUGAUCUUCAGCGAACACAGGUUAUGAAGCUAUAUGAUAUGCUGCAGAAUGAAUGGAAUCAGUUUAUAGAGCUUUUGAAAACGACAAAAGAAGAUCUUAUACAAGUAGAGAAUACCUUAAUUGAUACAGAAGAACGAGUCGAGCUGUAUCUUAAGCACGUGGCUACCAUGCAGGAAGCAUUAGACAAAUACAUGGCCGAUAUCAAACAGGUUUUGCCUCAUAAAAACGCUAUCGAUGUACUUCAUCCUACAGAAAAGACAAAUGAGAUGAUAGGUCAAUAUCAGCAACAGUUAGUCGCCAUCUCGGAUCGCUUUACUCAGUUUACUGAUACUACCUGGAAAGAAUUUAACGAUGAAACACAAGGGUUGCCCAGCUCGGUCAUGCAGCUAGUGCAGCAUCGAUAUACAGAGACGCAGGAGAAGUAUAACGCGCUAAAGAGGUGUUUCGAAAAGGAGCAGAAAGAAUGCGAGGAUUUCAAAAAAGGGCUUACGAUCGGAAGCAAGGUACAAUCCAUCGAAUCUGAACUUGAAGUCAUUCAGUCUAUUAUGGAAGAUAGCAGCGAAGACAAAAAGACAACCAAUGACACCAUUCAGGAUUUAGAAAGCAAAGUAGCCGAUGUAAAGGCAAGCCUUUAUAGUCUAAAAGAAGAAUUCAGCGACCUAUUCUCACGCGACAAUCGUUUUGCUACGCUUCUUUCUGAAAUUCAAGCCAAAUAUGAAAUUGUCAACACAUGGGUUGAUCAAGUUCGAGUGUGGUUUGUAGAGGCAGAAAGAAUCAGAUCAUGGAUCGAAGAUCGUAUUCAAAUAAUUCGUCAAAAAGACACUGAAGACUCUAACAUAGACCCCUUGUCUCAAGACGUAUUAUCACAGAUGGGUCAUAUCAAUAUCGAUGUUGUCUUGACAGAGCAUCAGAAGUUAAAGAAAGAGAUCAACCGUUUUAAUGAAGAUGACAUGGCUCGUCUUCGUUCGCACGUCAAAUCACUCACCAUGACAGAUGACGACGAUGAUGACCAUAACCUAACACCAGCAGAUGCCACUACCAUUGAAAUCACCUUAACAACUCUAAAUACCUUAAAUCGUCUAAUGAGUUUACUACAGACAAGAUCCAAAUUCGUAGGGCUGCUUGGAAAACGGUUGGAAUGGGAGAACCUUAUCGAAAGGGCAGAACGAUGGUGUAAUGACAAAGACACAGAAAUUUCCAACUUUAUUCAAACAAGCGCCUGCUGGUCAAAAAAGCAAGACGAUGAGGAAGAGGUCAGCAAUCUUCAGAUCAAGCAAAAGAAUGAAGAUAUUAUCCACACUCUAGUAUCUCACGAAAACGCCAUUGCUGAUUUUGAUAAAGGAGAAUUUUCCAAAGUACUAGAUGUCUAUCAAGAAAUGGAAGAGAUAGAGCAAGAUACACUGCCUUCCCAUCUGGAAGGUCGUCAAGAAGUACUAGAAAACAAGUUUGAAUCUGUCAUGAAGAAGUGCUCCUUUGCUCGAAAGAUUGUUGAACAGCAUCUAGUUGUUAAUGAUGUUGUGUCUCAAUUUAAAAAACUCAAAAGUGAAGGCGAAAAAAUAAAGAUGCUUAUGACACACAGUAACUCGACUGUCACCUCUAGCGGCGCUGGCCGGAAUGACCAGGAUAACGGGUUUGAUGAACGUAUUCGGCAGUUUAAAGAAAGCUCGUCUUACUGGGUGACGACCUUGUUGAAGCGUAUACCUUAUCCAGAUUGUAAUCAAGGUCAUUUCAAAGAAGAAGAGGAGGUAGCCAAAGAAAAUAACCGGUUCAUACAGAACAAGAUGGAAGACUAUUCCAUGUACCUGGCAGAAAUCACAGAGGACCUCGAGAUGCUCCUGGCGUCACAUCGUGAAAAUCUAUCCUUACAGCAGCGCGCAAGCCUUGCCUAUGACGACUUGUUAAGAAUCACUUCUUGGAUUGAGGAACGACUCAAACUUCUUCUCAAGUUUGACUUUAGUAUACUGGACCAAGAAGAAAUCAUUAACGUAGAUCACGAAACAAUAGAUCGCUUGGAGAAAGAGCACGACAGUAUUACGUUUAAGCUAAAACAUCUAGAAGAACGAGACAUAACGAGAACAUUAGAUGUUGUUCGUCGCCUUGAGAUAGAGAUUGAAGAAACAAAUUCUACAUCUAUUGAUCGUGCUGCUUUGAUUGAUGGAAUUGAGCAUUUGGAAGAAGCUCGUAAUGAACUUACGGAUGUUUUAUCGUUACGAACACAUCAGAUUUAUGCUUUGAAGAAGAGAUCCAGUUGGGAAUCGCAAUGGGAUGAAGCUAUUACCUAUAUGAACGAGCUUGCCUAUAAGUUGUGGGAUUUUAAUACCAAGUUUGCAGAAUAUGACAUCGAAGGUUUACGAAAGCGAAGUAGCAGUAGCAGUGUUGAAAGCACCCAGAGUAUAGUAGACGUGAUGGCUGAAUUAGAGCAGCUAAAAGAGCAAGUGAAUACCCUACAGGAUAGACAUAGCAUAGUUGUUGCCGAGACUGCAUUCAGUGAAUUGCAGGAAGCAUACACUCAAUUGAUCGAUUAUGCCAACAUGGCCCAAGAAGAACAUCAUUUGGUCACAAUACCAAAAUGUCUGAAUAAUAAGCAGCUUGAAAUUAACAAAGAGUAUGAAGACCUAAAGAAGUUAACACAGUAUGUGUCAGAUAUAACAGAGCAAAAUCUAAAAGUCGAAAAGUGGGCAAAAUCAUGCAGUGAGAUACUUGUCCAAGGCGAAAACAUUCUAGACGAACUCCAGCGAUUUUUUCGUGAGUCCAAUGUUGAUAAAGAAGCCCCUAAUGCUGACAGUAAUCCUAACAUGAGCUUGAUGAACGAUCGUGUGAAUGUCUUCAAGAACCAAAUUCAUGACUUGCUUGAAUGUUUCCAGUCCGUCCAGUAUUUUGAAUGUGGUAACUGGUUUACAUCAUGCCAGAAUCAGUCUGUAUCAGAGUCGAACGAGUAUAAUGCCCAGAUGAAAGUGUUUAUCGAUAAAAAGACGCAGAGCUUGAAGAGCUUGGAACAGGGAAUAAAUGACAUACUUCAUGCUUAUCAAUCCAUUGACACCAUUAAGGCAAAGCUAGAAGAAUAUCAAGAAGAUGCCCACAAAUUACAAGAAUGGAUCGAUAAAUCUAUGGAAAGUCUAAGCAAAAGACGUAUUGAAAGUGCAUCAGUUAGCUUGGCUGGUAUUACCAAGGAUACCAUAUCCACAUGCAGAAUAAAUAACCAGAACCAUUUAAAAGAGCUGAAUAACUUUGACGACAAUGAAGUACAGCACUUUCAAAAAAAUAUUGAAGAUUUAAUAACGACUGCAUCCAACAAUUCUUCACCGCUUAUUACACAAGUUAUUGAUGCAUGCAAAGCACUGUCUGACAGCAUCGUCAGAGGUGUAUCUACGCUACGUCAAAGUAUUACAAGCGAAACGCUCGCUUUGGAAGCUACCUCCUACAGAUUGAUAUGGGAAGAAGGUCUUGCGGUUGGACAGGCACAACUUGAUAAAAUGAAUGGUCAACUACAAGAUUAUGUGUCCAAAAAGAAUAAAUGCGUUGCGCGACAAGAGGAUCUUACUGACGAAUCUGUACAGACUCUUUAUGAUGAACUACAAAAAGUGGAGGCUCAGUACAAGGUAACCAAAGAAGAAUCACUCGACGCUGUCGAAAAGCAAUAUGAGGAUGUCAAAUCAAGUUUUUUGAAGCUCCCUCUUGUGAAUUCAGUACCUGGUCAUAUACAUGAACGAAUGGAAGCUUUCCAGCAUUCAUUUGAAAAAAUGGAAGAGGCAAUAUCUCACCGUCAAAAGGAGCUUCACUACAUACAGCAACGAGCAAAACUGGAAUCAGACAUAAAAGUAGCCAUGUUGUCAUUGGAGCAACAGAUUAAGGCUGCUUCGCUCUUUGUUGAAGUACAUGCUAGAUGGAAUCCUAACGAAACAGAGAAUAUAUGGGUUGAUGACACAAUUGAUGUUGAAACCGAGUGGCUAAAGAAGAAAAAUGAAUUUCAGCAAUAUCGACAAACAACAUUGAUCAACAUCAAACAGGCUUAUAAGGACCUCCAGACCGCCUCAACUGCUUCAAAGCCAGGAUUUAUGUCUGAACUACAUGUUAAAAAAAUGGAAGCCCUGAACCAAUCCGAAAGUUAUAUGGAUGCCGAAAUAUGUUAUGCACAAGACUUGAUAAUGCUGAGAAAGCAGCUAUCAGAGUUCUUGAAUAAAGAGUCUCAGCUUGAACAAACUGCUGACAUGAUCAGAGAGGAAAUUCUUUCGCAAGCGUCCAUGGGUUCUCCUGAAAAUGAACUGAUGAACCGAUUAGAAGCGUUCAAAGAACAGGUCAAGGUAGCCACAGAUUUUGCAAAGCUCAAAAUAUUGAUUCCUAAGCGACAUAAUGAAGAGGAUAUUCCCAUGACGGUAAAAGUCAAGGAUAGGACAAUGAAUUCUGUAGUACAGGACGUCAUUUCAACAAAGAUCAACCGACUUGACGAGUUCGUAGAAAGCCUAUCCUCACUUAUUAAGUCACAUGAAGUCUUUACGCGUCUACAGUACAUAUUAAGAACCUUUAGAAAACAAAUGGCAGCUUGUGAAAAAUGGAUUCAAACGAGAAAAGAUAUUCUAGAGAAGAAUGUGCAUAUGCUCGAUGAUGAAAAUCUGGCUCUGGAUUUAAAUUGCUUGAGAGAUGCGGUCAGUGAAGCCGAUAGUAUCCAAACAGCAAUGAAAGCCUAUGACAAUAAUUUUACAUUGUUGUGUAAAUAUCGUGAAAAGUACAUAUCUGUAUUCGAAGAACAAGUGUUGCUCAGUGAAGAAGAAAGAGAAGAAAGACUGACUGAGUACGAAGAAGUUGGCAAAACAUUUGAAAGAAUCAGUCAUAUGUGGCAAGAUUUAUUGCUCGAGACAGCAGAAGUAUCGAAUGCUCUUUCAAACGCACUGCUUCCAGCAGAAUUAAAUGGCCGUAUAGCGACCUUGAUGGAUUCACUUGAAGCACUCAAACAAGAGAUAGACGCAGUUGAUCAAGCAUCUGUUACUGAUGAACAGGUUAACCAAUGGCAAAAGCGAAUCGACCAUUUAGAAGCAAGGGAAUAUGACCGACUACACUCUGAAGCUCACGAGCACGAACGUUCGAUCAAUGUAGACAUAAUGGAGUCCCUCAAUACCAAAUUAGAUACAGUAGGGGAUACAAUUUUUGAAAUUAGAGCUACGUUAGCAAGUCUUUACGACAUCAUCAAUGCUAUUCGACUUCAAAAUACACAUGCAGAAAAUGCAAAGGCGUUUCAAGCAGCAUCGUCAAGAGCAUGCGAGCUCCUUGAAUCCACUAAGAAACUUGGCUGUGUUGUAGAGAAAGCAUCAGAAGCCGAGAGAGUUCAGCAGUUGAAAAGCUUGAUAACUAUUCAAAAGCAAGUAAAAGAAGCCAUCUUGGAAUGCUCGGGCCUCUACGACGAUUCAUGUUCAUAUUACACUGGGCUGAAAAUUCAAGAUCUAUUAACUCCUCAAGCCGAGCUUAUGCAAAAAGAGAUAGAGGGCUCGUUUCAGAAAAUUCAAGCGGAAAGUGUUGAACUUUCUAGUUUAAUUACAAGAACGUCAAAGUGGAUAGAGGCAUGCGAUGGACUUGACAAAUUGAGAAAAGUGCUCAACAAUAUAAAGAACGAGGUUGAACGAUUUAUUGUCAAUGGAAUUCCUUCAACUACAUCAAGCAACAAGAUACGUCGCUUUGAAAAACAACUUUUGCAAGUAGCCAUGAAUCAAGAUGAUCUUGAAAACAACGUGAAUAGCACUGAGGAUAUAGUUACAGACGAAGUAAACAAGGUGCCAUUCUUCAAACAAAGUCAGGAUAUCCGUGCCUUGAAUAAUUUUAUUCAACUAGCAUUGGAUAAACGAAGAGCUGAAAAGGAAAGAACAAUGUUGUUUGAAGCCUUUAACAAUGAAAUUGCUAAAGUAUCAAAAGUAUGCGAAGAUCAAAUAACUUAUAUUCGUCAACAGUCCAGCACAAAUCCUGAGCAUCACUUAAAGAAAUCUGAUGCCAUAAAAAGUGUUGUGAAUGCUUAUACUGCUGCUUUGUCACAUAUUGAAGAUAACUAUCAUGACUGCAAGAACAAGUAUGAUGGUAUUAUAUCGGAUCAGGCUAGUAAACUCAUAAGGAUAUACCAGCAACCAAGCUCUGAUGUAGAGAAUGCAAAGAAAAACCUUGAAAGGCUAUUAAAGGAACUUGAUGCCUUGCUUCGAACCGAAAAUGAUUAUAUUACAACACUAAAGCUUUUAAAAAAACUGAUCAGUCUCGACAAAGAAAUAACAAGAUCCAUCAAUGACCUUAAGACAGGCGUUUCACGUUCUUAUGGCGCUAACAAGGGCGUUGUACUAAAGACUACUAUCAGUAGCAACAGCAGAAGCAAAGAGAUACCGGAACUUAGGAGCUUUAUGCAGCGAUAUGAGUCUACAGAGGGUUCUGUUAAGCUAUUUUACAAGAGAUGCGACGAGCUCAGAAAGACUCUCAACCGACGGGCAAGUACUGCGCGUAUAAAUGCGAUCAUUAAGGCUGUUGAUAGACGUAAAGAAGACAUGGGCAGAAAAUGGAAUGAAAUAAAAACAUCUGCAGAUGAGACUCGUACGAGAUUAGAUUUACUACAUAAAUAUCAAACAGUGAAUAUCAAGUUAGCAGAAUCACUUCGUUAUGUAGAAGAUCUUAAAGAACGAGUUGAAGCUCUACAGCUGUCAGGAAAGAGUGUAUCAGUAGAAGAGCAAGAACUAGAGGAACUUCAGGAGGAGAUUGACGGUACCCUAAAGAAGAGUGUUACUGAUAUCGAUACACUCUUGAAAUCUAUCCGCCUUAAUCAGCUAAGCUCAUCAAUCUCUGAGACACCACUAAAAGCCCAAAGAGACAAGUUAGUUGGCUCCAUUGAGAAUCUCCGUCAGUUAGUCAAAGAACGUCAGGAACAAGCGCACACGGAAGGAAGCAUAACUAAAUUCUUUGGUAUCACAAACCAAAUCGAUACAGAAAUCCUUCGACUAUCUAAAGUUAUUGAAGAGACAUCAACACAACAUGCAAGUCUAAUUGGAUCCAAGUUUAACAAAUCAGAUCUUCAAGCACUUCUCAAAACCCUUGUUACUGCGUAUAGAUCAAGUGAACCAGUUGUUAUCGAACUCUUGGAUCAAGCCAAAUCAGAGGCACGAAAACAAUUUCUGGAUGAUAAUGAUCGUGUGGCGAAUGCGAUCAAGAAGACAAUGAAGGAAUGGUCAAACAUUCAAGUUUCGGUGGCAUCAAGAGAGAAGGAGCUACAGACCUGCAUAAAAGAAUUAGACCACGAAUUUUUUACCAAGUUAGCAAUGGCCAGAACAUCCCCAAGAGAAAGACGAGCACGAGGCAGCAGCCAUUUAGGAGGUACUCUUGCUCCACCUUCCCGUCCAGCGGGUAGCUUUAGAUCAUCAACUCUUUCUACUGAACUAAAAAUGGCGUCCACGAACAAUGCCAAUAUCCGUCGAUCACAAAGCCCUUCUAUGUCAGGUGGUCGCAGAGGCUCGACAUACGUUGCCGAUCCUAAAAAUGAGCUGGAUGUUCAGCUUGGCCGCAUUAUCAAUGACAGUCCAUACAAGAUGAAAGUGAAGCGUGUACAAGGUGAAGUUGGUAAAUACUGGUUUGGAGAUGAACAUCCAAGGUUAGUAUAUUGCCGAAUUUUACCUAGCAAGAUGGUUAUGGUUCGUGUUGGUGGUGGAUGGGUUGAACUGUCGCGAUAUAUGAAAGAUCAUGGGCAUACAGAGAAUACAACUAAACCAGACAGUUCAGAAACUCAAGCAUUAAAGACACAAAAGGAAACAAUAGACAAUACCACUUUGGUAUUAUCUAAUGUGGAGCCUACAGAAAUAAGUCCACAAGAUAGCGGUACUUUGACUGAUAAAUCAUCCAACUCAUCAACUGGUUAUUUGGAAGGAGAACGCUAUAUAAAGCUUAAGGAAGAUGGAAAUCAGAUUUCAUUCAAGUUAACAAGAGCUGAAGAAGAUACAGUGCCAGCUUUUGGUAAUAGCAAAAAGGAAGCUAUAAAAUAGUGUAUAUUCUUUCUUUCUUUUUAAAUGUAAUAUAUUGUAUGCAUGUUUAUAAUAAAGUAUUUAACUACUUCAUGUCUGUUUAGUAAAGGUGGCAUAGUUGAGUAAUCCUUGCGUAAGAUGAAAGGCACAUGCUUUCCAUGAAACAUUGAAGUGCAUAAUAUAG